CUGACUUUCUGGAGCUUUAUUCUUUACACUUUCUAUCGAAAAUGAGUGUUAAUGGUGAUUCUCUUCCCACAAAUCAUGUGGAGUUGUAUGUUCGUGCUGGGAAAGAUGGAGAAAGUUAUGGAGCAUGUCCUUUCUGUCAGAGGUUCUAUAUGAUUCUAGAUCUGAAGUCUGGAGAGUUGAAUUAUGAUGUGAUUACUAUCAAUAUGGCUCGUCCACCGGUGGAUUUUAAGAAGUUAGCUAAUCGUUUGCCUGUUCUAAAGCAUGGAGAUGAAAUCAGAUCUGACAACGAUGAGAUUGUUCAGUAUGUUGAUGAAACAUUCCCGUAUCCAUCUCUACAAUACAGCAACAUGCAAGCCCAUUCCGUUUGUUUAGACAUUUUCUCAAAGUUCUCGUAUUUUAUCAAGCAAGUAAGCCACUCAGCAGAUCAUUUACUGAAGGAACUACAAGCCAUAAAUGACUAUCUGGAAACUGCAGACACACGCUACCUAUGUGGAGACAAGCUUACUCAUCUAGAUUGCCUAAUGUUGCCAAAACUUCAGCAUAUCAGAGUUGCUGCCAAGGCUUUCAAAGAUUUUGAAAUUCCUGAUGAUAUGGUUGGGCUAUGGAAGUACUUGGCUGCAGCAUAUAAGAAUGAAACCUUCCGAAAGACAUGUCCAUCGGACCAGGAAAUUGUUAACCACUGGGAGUCAAAACCAGAAACUCCUUCCCUGUCUGAAGAAAAGAUGAAGUGUUACAGCACUGAUGGCUACAACAAACCAAAGUUCUCCUUUGACACUCCAAUAAAAUGUUAAAAAUGGGAGAUAACUCUAGUGUUAAAGAAAGAAAAUCCAAAAGUAAGGGAAUUAACUCUAAACUGUUGAAAAAAUUGCAAGAUUUGUUAAAGGUAUUGUUAUGACAUGUAUGAUCAGCAUUAUAAGUUGUUUUAUUAAGUAUGUCACAAAAUAUUAUGUUAUUAGUUAGAUUUCAAAGUAAUUUCAUUUAUACAGCAGACAUAUAUGUACAUACUGCAUCCUAUUGCAAUUGGCAUUCCUCUUGUAGAAAACUUGAUAAAAAUAAGACAUGGGUUUUUGUUUGUAACUCUUGAUUUUUUUUACAUUAUGAAGUUGACGCCCUGUGACAUUUCUAUAUCCUUAUACAUUGAUAACAGUUAAAGUUAUACCGUUUAGUUGCAAUGAAGAUUAACCAUAUUUUAAAAAUCCAAUCUAGAAAUCCUUUUAAGUUUUUGAAGAAAAAAAAGAUUCAGGUAUACGUAAAGUAAGGAAAAAUGUCUCUUAUGCAGUUUUGUUAUAUAGUGUCCUUCUACAAAUUUUUAUUGAUUAUUUUUGGAAAUAUGAAUAAAUACAUAUAUGCUUAAAAAAAAUCUUUCUGAUUUUAUGUUGUAAAAGUGUAGUAAUUAAUAGUUUGUCCUAGCUAAAGUAUGAAGCCAUGUUAUGUAAAUGACAUACCAGUAACUAAGCUGUACUAAAAUUUGUGUUUGUUAUAUGCAUAUCAAUGUUGCUUUGUCUACUUAUAUACCUUACAUAUUUUUGUUGUAGUAACUAGUCAUUUUCAGCAUUAUUUUACAGUAAGAACAUGUACAGCACUGAUAAGAUUGUACCUUAAACCCACUUGUCUCUGAAUUUGUUUUAUCUAUAUACAUUGUUAUAUUGAAGUAUGUAGGUAUUUUUGUUAGAUACAAGUGCCUUGAACUCUUUACUGUGUGUUAACAACAAAAAUAUUUUUUUCAACAAAGGGUUUUUAAAAUGUGAUCAACUUUGAUUUUUUUUUUUAAAUUUCAAAAAUAUGAUCCAAGGGAGAUUACUUUGAUUACUUUUUUAAAGAUUAUAUUAUGAGCAGUAA